CCUAUUUACUACAUAACCCCGCCCUUUCUGUGACAGUCAGCGCUGAUUAGUCUGUUAUCGUUUGUGUUCAAAAGCAAUGUAAGAGACACAGUGCUUUAAAUACAUCGUUCAAGAUUCAGGAAACUAACAGGAUUUCUUAUUGCGCCAGCAGGUGCACAUCACCCCUGUACAGCCGCAUCCCUAGUUAAUGCACCAUUUUAGUGGCUCACUGAGUCGGCCAUUUAUCGUGGAACGUGAAGAUGGCCUCCCUUACCAGCUCUGAGUGGAGAUUGUUGUGCGAAAAAUACCAGCGCUCUGUUACACUUUCUGAGAUAGAGUCCAAGAAAGACCCGGAGAACAAUCCCUUCCGCUCCAAGUACAAUGCCAGGGAGCUUCUAAAACAGAUCAAGAGUUCUCUGGGGCAGUAUGCUGGGGAGAAUGAGACCGAGCAGGGAGAGCGCGGUCAGCAGCAGGAUGAGAAAGAGCUGCAGGUGGAGCAGCAGAUCGCCGCAGGAGGGGAUUCUCCGGCCGGGUUGAGCGCAGCGCGGCUCGCUGUUAUAGAAUACCAGCUCGGGGUGAACCACACAGAAACCGAGGAGCUGUCGGCCGGGGAGGAGCACCUGAUGAACUGCAUCCGAUUGCUGGACAAAUACGAAGUGACCCAAGAAAAUAUCUCGCUGUUCAUACAAGCCAGGAAUCAAAUCGGUGUAUUGUGGGCUGGAAGAGGUGAAACUGAAACUGCUCAGGGUUUCUUGGAGUCGGCGGAGGCCCUCUAUAAUCGCUACAUGAAGGAGGAUGGAAAGCCUCCAAUGGAUCCCAAUGAAUAUUUUAUGGCAGAAGAGGAAAAAUUAACUGAACAAGAACGAACUAAACGAUUUGAGAAGGCUUACACUUAUACUUUGUACUAUCUGGCACAAGUCUACAAGAACCUGGAACAGAAUGAUAAGGCUGGUCUCUAUUGCCAUACCACUCUUCAGAGGCAGUUGGAGUUCAAUAACUUUUCCCCACUGGAGUGGGCUGUCAAUGCAGCCACACUUUCACAAUACUACAUAACAAAGUCUUGCUACAUGGAAGGACGACACUGUUUGGCUGCUGCGAGUGUUGUUGUUGGUCUAGCUGGGGAGGUCCCUUCUGAGGCAGCUGCGAAAGAGAAUGAGGCAGAAAGUGAGAAGCAGGAAAAGCUUUGCCAGAGGAAAGCUGAAAUUGCAAGGUGCUGGAUCAAAUAUUGUCUGAAUCUUAUCAACGAUGCCAAAAAGAUGCUGGAGGAUAACAUCGGAGAGCUGGAUGCAGACCGGCAGGCAGAGAUGAAGGUGCGAAGGAGACAGGAGGAAGAGGAGAAAGAGAAGGGCAGGAAGACUGUCGUCCUGUUUGGGUCAAGCGACACAUCCGACUCUAUUUUGAGCAUGGAGGAAAAAGUGAGCUGCGCCUACCCAUUAGAUUUCAGUGAAGCCCGAGCCAUCUUCUUGGUGGGUCAGAAUUACGUCAAUGAGGCAAAGGAAUACUUCCAGAUUGACGGGCAUGCCACAGAUCAUAUAGAGAUCGUUCAGGAUCACAGCGCCUUGUUUAAGGCUCUCGCGUUCUUCGAAGACGACUACGAGAGGUGUUGUAAAAUGCACAAGCGCCGCAUCGACAUGCUGGAGCCCAUCUGCAAAGACCUGAACCCUCAGUAUUACCUCCUGAUCUCAAGGCAGCUCCAGUUUGAGGUGGCGGAGACCUAUUAUGAGAUGAUGGAUCUGAAGAUAGCAGUGGCUGACAAGCAGGAAGAGCUGGAAGCUCACACCAUCAGGAAGAUCAACCACCUUACCAUGUCCUCCAUCAAGUACUAUGAACUGUUCCUUGAUUCACUCAAGAGCCCCGACAAAAAAUUCCCUGACAAGUUGGAGGAGGAUGUCCUUCGGCCUGCUAUUGUUGCCAAAUUCCGUAUCGCUCGCCUUUACAGCAGGAUUAUUACGGCCGACAGCAACAAACAGAUGGAGAACAUCAGUAAAUCCCUGGAGUAUUACCGCUUUGUGGUGGAUUACUGCGCUCAGAAUCAAGAUGCUAAAAAGGCUGUGGAAACAGAACUGGAGCUGAGCGAAGAGAUGGUUAGCCUUCUCCCACUAAGACUGGAGCGACUUAGAGCAAAACUGACCUCUGUCAACUAAUCGGCCACAUUGACCUGCAGAAGAUCAGUUCAGAAUUGCACUGGCAAUUCUCUUCUGUUAAAUUCAUCAGAUGUGAUAAAUAUUUCGUAGAAGCAAGCAGUUUAUUUGCAUGGCAAUUUUUUUAAUUUUAUUGGUAUUUAUUAGCGUAAUUCUUCCUGGCCUGUAGUUAAAUGUAUGUAUAUGUGUGUUUAAUGUAUUAAGUAAAAAAAUGUUGGAAAGUACUAAUAAUUUGUAGUUGAUGUUGAUUUUUCCACUAUUUCUAUAUAACCAAGAGUCAAACUUGAAGCAUGUUGAAGCACGUGUACAGGAUUAU